UUACGUUUUCCGUUACCCAAGCACUUUCCAGUUGCGCAACGAUGUGUCGGUUUAACGUACUUUGCUUUACUGCUGUGGCUAUUCUUAGUGGAGUCUCGUUCGCAGAGAAAGUCAUCUUAAUGGAGGAUUACGAUCCUGAAAAGGUACAAGGCACAUGGUACGUCUGGCGAAUCAAUGCGAUGAUCUUUGACGAAGUGAAGUGCAUUAAAUUUGAUAUGUUGCACGACAUUGGAACUGAAGAUCUCUACCGGAUAAAUUCAAAAUGGAUCAAUACUGAAGGACAAUAUAAACACACUGAAUUCAACGUUCUCGACGAUAAGUACCAUAAAGCACAGUAUUUAUUUGAAUCUACAGCUGAUAAGGUGGCUCUGAGCAUCAUGGGCACUGAUUACAGUAAAUGGAUCGUGGGAUAUGGAAAUAACCUGGGGAAAGAAUCGUAUUUCGUAGCCCUCCGAACCAAGACAGUGCCCGAAGAAGUCAAAGUCCCGAUAGAGGAGAUUCUCAAGAAGAACGAAAUAAAUCGGGACUGGCAAAUUAUCGUCCAGGACGAUUGCCCUGAAGAACAUUAACGUUAUUUAUGUUGCGGCGCUCUGGAUAUCGUAAGCAGACGUUUUUAUGUAAUGGAAUAUUGCGACAGGUGUAUAGAAGCACCAAAUGCUAGUGACGCUCUCCAUUACCCUCCUUGUCAUAUUGUUAUUUGCGGCUAUUUUGAUACUAUGAGUAAAAACCUCCACCCUAAAAGGGUGAUUGACAAACACUAUUGACAAAUACCAUUGUGACUGAAUAUACAAACGAGGUGUAAUAUUAGAAAAUUCAUUUUUCAUUUGAUACAUAUACAAAGGGUAGCCAGAAGCUCCUGCUCCAAGUCCCACAAACGACACAAAAAGCCACUCGAUACAACAUACAUAAAACGAAUAAAAGGAUAAAAUUCAAUAAUACAUUUGAGUGUUGAUCGAAAAAAAUACAAAGGUGCGUUAAGUUUAGGCUUUUUAGGCUAGCCUGCUUCUUUGCACAGCCUAUACUCAAAUCUCUCUUUUGGGUGUUGCAGGCACACCCUUCUUGCUGCAGCGUAGGGAUUGAUUACGUAUUUUACAAGAUAGGUUUCUACUACAGAAUUCAACUUGUGCUAUUAUGCAGUGUAAGUAGUAAUAGCUAAAAAAUUUAUCUGCCUUUUGUGAUGAGUCUGUCGGGUUAUACUAAAUUAGGAUGAACGCUUAUGCUAAGCGUAUUUGUCUGAGGUCAUCGUUGAAAUUACACAAUUGGUAACUGUUUCUUCGUUUGCUGCAGUAACUAUUUUGCUCUUAAUACGGCCAUCAACAA